UAAGAGAUAAAGCUUUUACAAAACUGAAAAUGACCAUAAAAUUAAAGUUAUUUUACUUCAGCUUUUUAAACUUUGGACGAUUAUGUGCCCGGACACCAGGACCUGUUUUCCUGUUUGUGAAUCAGCUGACGUGUGAGCAGGGGCGGGGCUUGUUUCAGGUUUAACGUGUUUAGCCAGUUGUGAAUUAAAUAUUGCCAUAACCCCUAAUAUUAAUACUUCUCCACAGACUGCAGCCUGCAGAAUCACCACUAAAGACAAAACUCUGCUGUAGUUUUAGAAGUAAUCACAUCCGCAGAGAUGAAACUAAGAGUCUGUGGUGAGUAAGCGGUGACACAGACAGGUAUGUGGAGGUCCCUCCCUGCGCACGGUAUGCUGUCCGACAGGUUUACUAGUGACACUGCCCGGGGCAAACAGCACGACGGUUUCUGUACACAAGGAAGUUGCAUUUGAUAACUGUGAUCUCCAUGUUCGGGAGAUCCAAGAAGAAUAAUCUGCAAGAAAGCUUUGACAGAUGGAACAAACUGCAGCCAAAUGGGGCCGCAGUCUCGGACAGUUCUUCGCUUCGAUGGCUGCCUUGUCGGUACUGUGGAUGAAUGCGCUGUCCCUGCUGCAGGUAGCCCACUGCUCCGUCAGGUACAGGCACGCACCAGGAGACCCAGUGUUGGUGGAUGAGCAGGCAGCUGCGUCCUUCCUGUCCCGCUCACUGCUCUAUAACAGCUGGGACUUUGAGCUGGUGGUGCCUGGCGAUGUGGAGAGGGAGUGCAAUGAAGAAAUCUGCAACUACGAGGAAGCCCGAGAGAUUUUCGAGGACGAUAAAAAGACGGAAGCAUUCUGGGCCAAAUAUACCCAUAAUCAAGGAGGUUCACCCAGGGUGGAUGUGUCAGGUCUGGUGGCGGGGAUCCUGGCUGCACUAGCGUGUGUUGUUAUCGCCGCUGUGCUGGGAGUCUACUGCUACAAGACCAAGAAACAGGCUGCACAGAGAUCAGGCCGAGCCCCCGUGAGAAUGGAAGCAGACGGGCAUCCAUCAGUCCCAGAGAUGGUACCCCUAGCUGGGAUCACUUUACCAGGUCUGCCUAGCUACAAUGAUGCCCUGACUCACAGCGGGCAGCACGACGCCCCCCCACCACCAUAUACAGGGGGUGUGCCAUCAGAGCCUGCUGAUCCAGGUGACAACCAAUGAGAGCCCUGCAGUUCCCUUUAUUAGACCUUAUGAACGCUGAUGGCUUCAGUGAAAUUAUUGCUUGUUUUUUUAAAAUAUACUAUUUAGGAGUGCAGUUCAAACCCAGUUCCACAGUGGACACUACAUGUUAACUUGUAACUAGUGUGACUACUACAGAUGUGAUGCUUUAAAGUGGGUCCAGCUGGGGCUGGGUUCAUUUUUGUGGUUGCAUUUACACCCCUAACUGUGCUGUGUGCCUCUGUAGGGCAAAAAAAGACAUUUACAUGGAUUCUUCAAGGAAAACCCAGAUGCAUUUUAAAUAAA